AUGCCACUCUGCAAAACAUGUGAGGCCUUUGACCUAGCCAGUCUCCUGGAUCAGGACCGCGAAGUCCAUGACCUCGUCUUCCACAAGUCUAUCUCGAAGCUGAAAAAUAGUAGCUCGGCAUGCGACUUCUGUCGGCUGCUCUGGACGACCCUAACAAAAGACCAAGCCGAAGACAGCGACUUCUUCUCCGUACUCGAGAAAGAUGAUGACUACCAGUCCCCGGUCGUUCUUCGCGGUAUUCAGUACGUCAAUGAUGACUACGAACCAGGCGGUGUAUUUCGCUGCAAGGUCCGAUGCGACCGGCUUCGACUGGCAGGAUAUUUGAGCUUCUAUUCGGCAGAAGGUGACGGUAGUUGUAUAACGCAUCUGGACAACAUUAUCUUUAGCAGAACGAUCAAGCCAGCUGAGCAACAACUGGACCUGCUACGAGAAUGGGCUGAUGACUGCGAUCAGAAUCACUCAGGCUGUCGUCGCGAUGUUGGAAAACUGCCGACAAGAGUUAUCGAUGUUGGGGAAGAUGAGAAAUGGGAGCCUCGAUUGGUGGUGACGGAUGGGAAAGUAGGCCGGUAUGUGACAUUGAGCCACUGCUGGGGCCUUCAUCCUGUCAUUCAGACGACUAGCCUGACAAUUGGCGACCACCUCAAAGAGCUGCCACUGUCGAAGCUUCCCACCACCUUCAGGGACGCGGUCAUCGUGACCAGGGCUAUGGGCAUCCAGUACUUGUGGAUCGACUCCUUGUGCAUUGUCCAAGACUCUAAACAGGAUUGGGAAUGGGAAAGCGCCAACAUGGGCUCUAUUUACUUCUCCUCUUACCUCACGAUCGCGGCAUCAGGAUCAACAGACUCAAGAGGUGGUUGCUUCAUUCAUCGGGAAACCUCCAGCCAUGUAGAGCUCAGAUGCUCGCAGCCAGACGGGAAUGACUCGAUCCGAGUUAUGGUCCGGCCUCAACCUGGAGACUUCGUACAUCUCUCCAAAAGAACGUUACAUACGCGGGCCUGGGUCCUGCAGGAAAAGAUACUUUCGUCCCGAAUGAUCAACUUCGAUACCGACCAGCUGCUCUGGCAAUGUAAAGAGACCCUCGUCGCAGAAGACGGGAUUCCUCCAGGAUGGGAAUUUCCCGCAGGGCGCUUCUUCACAGAGCCGGAUGACCUCAAUUUGUCCUUUCCGUAUACCACGGACUCGAGCGAGGGUUCGAGCUUUGAGGCUGACUGGAAUGGCAUGGUGGCACACUACGCCAGCCGAGGUAUCACCAAGUCCUUCGACAAACUCCCAGCCCUCUCUGGUCUAGCCAAGGCCAUGGAAGAUCGUACGGGAAUUGGGUAUGCAGCGGGGCUCUGGAAGGCCAAUCUCGCCCACAGUCUGCUCUGGGGCCGGGUUGGGCAUUGGCUGAGGACACCUACGGAAGGGUAUCGCGCUCCAAGCUGGUCCUGGGCUGCCUUAGAGGGAGGAAUUUCCAUGACGAUUGGAAACACACAUGGAUUGGAUGUUUUUGAGCCCAUGGUGGAGGAUAUUGAGACAACGAUUGAGCCAAGUGGCCUUGAUCCGAGGGGGACGAUAAAGUCUGGCCAUCUUAUGCUAUCUGGAAGAGUCAGGGCGUUUGACAGACGGCAGAACCCUCAGGAUCCGGGAUAUUUCCACGUUGUAGAGGUGAAUUCUCGCGCAGAAGGCGCGGUGUCCGAUUACCUGCUGGACAAAGGUGAAGUUGCUGGACAAAUAAUCUUCGACGAGCCUUUCAAGUCCAACGAUCAGCCUUUGUACUGCUUGCAGGUUGUGCGUCGGAAGGAGAACAACACUAGCUGGCACGGGCUCAUCUUGGAGUCUACUGGGAGUGAGAAGGAGUUUAGACGCCUUGGCCGUUGCUUUACCGAAUACGUGCACAAUCCAAUGUGGUUCGACGAUGUACCCGUGGAACGAAUAAAGAUCAUUUGA